AUAAGGCAUCGAUCAAUAAUUGUUUAGCCUGCGCAUUUUGAUAACGCUAGCUAACUUACCUAGGUUAGCUAGCUAGCUACACAAACUAGCAAGAUAAGCGAACUCCAUACCGUAGGAUAACCACAGCAACAAAACAGUAUUUCGCAGUAAUGGCAAGCACCAGAUCAUUUGCAGAUGUGAAGGAUGUAAUCAUUUCAGCUCAUAAGAAUGUGGGACUUCAGGAUAAAAUUGAGUUCUAUAACACCUGGGCUGAGAACUAUGAACAGGAUGUGGCAGUGUUGGACUACCGUGCUCCUCUUUUAGCUGCAGAAUGCAUAACUAAAAACUUCAAAGGUGAUAAAAAGAGAGCCAUUAUUCUGGAUGUGGCAUGUGGGACAGGGUUGGUCUCUAAACAACUUAAAAAAAAUGGGUUUCAUCAUUUUGUUGGUGUCGAUGGGAGUGCAGCAAUGUUGAAUUUGGCAAGGAAAACGGGACUCUAUCAGGACCUUAAACAGUGUAUUCUGGGUCGGGAUUCCCUGCUGGUACAAGAAGAGUUGUAUGACAUUGUUGUAAUGGUUGGAGCUCUGAGUAUUGGACAAGUACCAGUGACGGUCAUCAGGGAGCUCUGGCAAGCCACAAAGCCAGGGGGCUAUGUGUGCAUGACUACAAGAGGCAAUGCAGAUAAUCGAGAAUACAAGGCAGAGCUGGAAAAUGUGUUGAGAACAAUGGAGGAAGAAAAGAGAUGGAGUUGUGUAGCUGUCACUGGAGUGGAGGAGUGGGAAAGGGCUGUGGCUGAGCAGGAGAGUGACUAUAUACAGGGAGCUGUCUAUCUGUAUCAGAGGACUAAAUAAAACAAACCACAGUUGUAUAAGUUGCAGAUCCCUUUUCCUUAAAUAAAACAGGCUGCCCAUUUUGA